AUGAGACAUGAGGUGAGAAGAUGGUUGAGUCUCGGCCUCAGGAGGAAUCUCAAACCUCUUGCGACAACCCUACAAGUAGAGAAUGGCGAUUACUCAGCUCCACUUCUCCGGUUUGAAGGACAGAGGUGUCGCAAGUCUCUAAGGAAUCUGAUGAGCUUACGAGAAUGGAUUUCAUGUGCCUCGAUGAGAAGGUUCAACACUUUCAACCACUUGCUGAGGGAAGGGGCCAUCUAUGAGUCAAGUGAAUUUGAUGUCAGAAGAAGUAAUAGCCACUUCAAACUCACCGACGUCCCAGUCUCCGUUGAUGGGUCUUCGACUUUGGAUUCAAUAAAGGCUAAGAAAGCCAUGGCUCCUGAUAAACUCGGUGAGCUUGGGGUCGUUGACCCUAAGAGAGAUAAAAGUAACUGCAUUGCAACCAAAAUAAAGAGUGCAUCGGGUCGCACCAAGUGGUUUGAAAUAGAAAUCCUACAAGACACUGUCCUAACUCUCAUCACGUCACUGAAAACAGAGUGGCGAUCAUUAAUCUUUUGCUACCAAGUUACGAAUGGUGAGGCGUGGCAUCUCCCAGAAGGAGCUUAUGAGACAUUGUCACUACUGAAAAAUACUGAAGUCGGAUACGAGAAGCCUGAUAGCCCAAUCUUCAAAUGCGCUGUAGUUCAAAUCAACGUAGAAGCAAAUAGAGCAGUGCAUGUUGGAGAUGAUGAGGAGCUUAUAAAGGCGGUGCAAACGUCGUCCGUAUUGAUUGCUGGUGCAGCACAAAUACCUUUUCAAGUUAUGGGGCAAAGAUGUGCAGACAUUUUCAGACAUACAAGAUCGGAUCUUGGCUUCAGAACACUAACCAUCAAAGAGCUUAGUCCAAUGUGGUUUAGCUCUGGUCCAAUGGAGGUAGUGGUGGAGCAACAUUGA